UCUGAAAAGAUACUAAGUAUUUUUUUUUUUUACACAAGACGGUUUGAUUGUUGCAAUUUUCUGCAAACAAGGGGAUUCAUUCAUGGAGAAAACGCGUACAGUUUGCAUAAUAGGCGCCGGCGUCGCAGGCCUAGCUGCCAUUAAACACUCCCUGGAAGAAGGAUUAGUCCCAAUCUGCUUUGAAAAAGACUCGGAUUUGGGAGGGAUCUGGAACUAUCACGACGUUCCCAAAAAUGGCGACCCCAGUUUGUACAAAUCCUGCUGCAUCAACACGAGCAAAGCGAUGACGUGCUACAGCGAUUUUCCGAUCCCAAAGGAAUUCCCAAACUUCAUGCACCAUCGGUUCUUUAAAAAAUACUUGGAUUUAUACGCCCAAAAUUUCAGUCUGCGGGACCACAUUCAUUUCGGGCAUUGCGUAGAGGAAGUGAAAAAAGCAGACGACUUUCCAGAUUCGGGAGACUGGAUCGUUACUGUACGGAAACUUAAGACAGAACAUGUAGAUACGAAAAGGGUUAAUUACGUCAUCGUGGCUAACGGCCACCUUUACCGACCAAAUGUACCAAAAUGUCCGGGGCUAGACAAAUUUGCCGGAAAAGUAAUUCACACUCACGAUUACAAAGACUUCAAGGAUUUUGUUGGAAAGGAAGUUCUGGUUGUUGGCGUUGGGAACUCGGCAUGUGAUGUAGCGUGUGAAAUAAGUCGACACGCCGAACAGGUUUACAUCAGUACAAGAAAGGGGACAUUUAUAGUACAGAGGGUGGCCGAUUUUGGGCGCCCUCUAGAUCAAGUGGCGGUCACCCGAUUCUCCCAGUCACUACCAUCAAACUACAUGCGGCCAUUAAAAUUCAAAAUGUUCAACAAACGAUACGACCUGUCCAAGUAUGGAUUGGCUCCAAAUGGACCGUUCCGGAUGACUGCCAUCGCAAUCACGGACGAGUUACCUGAUCGUAUAAUGCUUGGGACGAUUACCGUAAAAACUGACGUAGAGCGCUUCACGGAACAUGACGUCAUAUUUACCGACGGGACCACAGUUAAAGAUAUCGACGCUGUUGUAUUUGGUACCGGAUAUCUGCACGAUUUUCCGUUCCUUGAGGAUGGCGUGAUAAGAAUUGAGAACCAAUUUCCUUUCUUGUAUGACCAUAUUUGGCCCGUUUCCCUGGAACCAUCAACGUUGGCUGUAGUAGGGUUAGUUCAACCUUUCGGUGCUCUUCCAGCCAUUUUGGAGAUGCAGACACGGUGGGUAACUCGAGUAUUUGCUGGUCAUUGUAACUUACCGUCUGCUUCGAAGAGAAGACAAGAAGUAGAAGAGAGGCUUUUGAUGAUCAAAGGAAAUUCCGACUUGUCCCCCAGACACUUCAUUGUCAUCCACGCAUUGCGUUACAUGGAUAAGCUCGCGGAUUAUAUUGGAUGCAAACCAAAUCUCACGAAACUUUUUUUCACAGACAAUGCUUUUUGGAGAAAAUUGGUUUUUGGACCGUGUACACCCCAACAAUGGCGAUUGGAAGGACCAGGGAAAUGGGAUGGCGCAAGAGCUGCCAUUGAAAAUGUGGAAAAGAACAUGUGGUUUCCCAUGAAAACUCGCACUGCGGGAGUCGAUCUGACCAAAGGACUUUACAAAGAGUGGAUAGACUUGUUGAAAAACGUGGCUUGUGUCUUUGCGAUAGUUGGAAUUUUGAUAUACUUGAUAUCCAACAGAGUUAUAUGGAAAUUCAAUUACUAGACUAAGAGUAACUGAAAAUAUCCCAUUAUAUCCCAAACUAAAGUGACAGAAAAACUGUUACCUUUAAACAUAAUUUGUUGUUCAAUAUCAUAUCGAGGAUAUAUAAAUGUUUUAUAGAGAUUCAA